AUGUCCGCCUACGCAGUGGGCUCCAAUAUCCCCCCUGUUGUGGCCUUGGUUUCUGCGUGCCAGGCAAUGCAGGCACAGGCAAAAGACAGGCGUGCAAGCCGAGCAUGGCGGCUCACUCCUGCGGUCAUCUCGCCUCCAGAUGCCAACCAGCAUCGUCAGGAGCGGGCGUUCCGCUCUCAAAGCUGGGAGGAGCCUGAAACCAGCCAUCCUAGUGCAGUGUUCAACAUAUUUUGCAGCAGUUGCCACUACCUGCUGUCUGAGCAUGGCGAGAUGAUGCAAAUGAUGGCGAGCCCGUCCUCUUUUGCUUUUUCCACAAGUCAGCCUCCACAUGGGGUGAUUCUGACGGGAAGCUCGUGCAAGUCCCAGGAAAGCUGCGACUGCAAAGUUCAAGAUUUCCAGUGUCGGUGUGGAGUUCGACUGGGCUACUAUUUGGAAUCCCCUUGCGCAGAGUGUCGCGACUCCAAGACAUUGCAGAAAUGGUUCUUGUGCCCAAGGUCUGUGGAAGUGGAGCCGCAUGAACCCGAGGAUCUGCCACCAAAGGAGACGGGGAACCUUGCCGCGCUUCUUGAGAAGCCAAAGGCGACAUCGCUGUGUAUUGAGGAGGACUUCAAUGGUCAUCGGCAUGUUUCAGAGUUUCCAGAACAUGUUGAGGGUGCCGUGGGCGAGCCGGUCCCCAGCCAUUCUGCAAUGAAGUCGCAGCCGAUGUCUGAGACAUUCACCUUGGGAAGACCACGUGCUGGUCAUGACCUGCAAGGUAGAAUCCAGGAAGCCUUCCGUGCGUGCCAGCCCCUCGAAACGGCCACCCCGGCAUGCCGUACCAAGUCCAGGGAGUCAGUCUCGUGUCAGACCGAUUUCGCAAAAGGCGACAACCUGCAGCCGGAUGCCAUGAUCAGUCUGAAGGAGGCACGGUGUGAAGCUCUGGAGGCACAGCUUCGGGUUUCACAGGCUGCAGAAAGUGCAGCCCUAGCCGAAGCUCGGGCAGCGCGAGCAGCCGAGAUACAAGAGAUCGAGGACUGGGACAUCGAUUCCCUCCAGGCACUUCCAGGAAGCCGGCUGGAAUUCGCUCAACGCUUGGCAGAAAAGAGGAUGGAAUUGGAAAGAUGGCAGCAGGCACUGCAGCACAAAAGCCAGCGUCUGGAAGAGGUGGAGAGGACACUUUGCACAGGAGCGAGACAGAAGCCAUCACAGGGAUUCGCCAGCUCCAUGGCGAGCUCCAUGCCGCAACCCACAGCAAAGGACGUCCUGGCGGCCACAGCAAGGGAGGUGUUCGGCACUGCCGAGUUCAUGGCUGGUACAGGCUUCGUGGCAGCAAAGGCUGCGGCCAAAGCGGGACUGUUGGCCUCGCGACUUGUCAUCGCCUUGGCCAAGCCUGUUUUUGGAGGAUUGAAGGCUGCAGGCCGCACCACCGCAAACUGCGUCACUGGCUACAUUCAGUCGGCUUUGGAGAAGGCUGCGCUCGAUGCUCAGCAACGUGAGAUUGCACAGGCCGCUGCCAUAAGAGUCGGUCUUGUGACAGAUGAUGCUGAAACACAGCCUACUGCCAGCCAGCCGAAGCAGAUCACCAGACGAUCAAGUGUGCCGCGAGAUGCAGAGAAGGAGAGAGAACUUGCAACUCAGACUGCCGCCUCUGCUUCGGCAACGUCGGCGAGCAAAUCCGCCGCAUCCAGACGCAUCACUGGCCAAGCCGGCAUACUGAGUUUAGCUCAACAUGAAGAGUCUCCAAUCGGGCACUGCACUGCUUCGCCCGCAGACAAAGAUGUCAGGGAUGCCCUGGCUGGGUUGUUCGUGGCCUUCGACGAGGAUGGUGAUGGCCUGUUGCGUUCGUCAGAAUUUGCCACUGCAAGAAAGCUAGUGGCGUCAACGUUCAAAGCCUCAGAAUCGCAACUUGUGGGUCCAGGUGCCGCUGAUCUAGUGGGAAGGGACGCCUUCGUCGCAACGAUGCUGGCCUCGACACCUUCACAUUUAUCCGCCAGCGAGGUCGUUCAGCAGAUAAACAAAAUGAUUUCUGGAAGCCGUGGCAACUUUGAGAAGUCUGUGAGCGAUCUCCGGCAUGUCAUUGUGCGCAACGUGUCUGGUCUGCCUGAGUCUCCACCAAAGCCUCUUUGGAGGACUGCUACGGGCAGAGGCGCCUUCACACUUCCUCCUGGGGUGGCUAGCGGUCCGCUGAUCGCCCGCAUAGCUUUCAAAGUUAUGCAGUACAUGGCCAUGCGCACUGAAGAUGCCACAUGUAUGGAUGGAGGAUUGAUUUGCCAAGUUGCGAGUCACCGGCAAACGUUCAAGAAGCUUCUGGACAGGGCUGGCGAGAUAGCCGGCGCUCGCGCCCUCCCAUCCGCCGAGGGGAAGUCAGUGGAUCUGUAUCUCAUGAAGUCCUCGGCAGGGGAGGUUUUCCGGGUCUGCCUGCGAAACCUUCAGCUGAGCUCUGGACCAGAUCCUGUGCUUGAAGGGAUCGGUGGUUUUGAUGUCGGCCCCAUAGAGCCAGCAACCAUUCCCAAAGAGCUCUGGGCAGAGAUGUGCCAACCCGAUGGGUUGUGUAGGUCUGAAGCACCCGACCCAAAAGACUGUUGUCCAGAACUCAAACGAAACGAAGGCGACUUCGAUUGGCAGAACGCACCGCUCAUGCUCAAGGUCAUGUCGGCUUCGCGCCACUUUUUUCGUGUUCGUUUCAGCCUGGUUGGCAAUGAGCUUAGUAGUAGAUACAUAGUUCUGAUCCCGAAACUCCGGACCGUAAAGGAGGGUCAUGCCAGAUAUGCCUCGCAUCGCGUGUCUGUACGCGGUCUGACCGAUAGUGCGACGACUGACUUUCAGAGUUUUGUGCUGCUCAACUUGCCGGGAGACCAGCUUUCGCAUCUUGCGGUGGAGCAUGACUUUGUCAACCAGCAAGUCCGGGUUCAGCAGGAAGACACGGUGGCCCGGGCCCGGGAUGGGCUCGAUGCCGUGAUCCCUGUACCCGUCCUUACACCCGAGGAAAGAGCAUCCAGCCUGGCCUGUGACGGGAGAGAGCUUCGCUCACUGCUCUCAAGUCAGGGAUUGGGGCGUUUAGGUGGGGAGCGUGACAUAGCGUACGCCGUUCGACUUGGACGACAUCUCCGUCACGGAUACAAGUAUGACGUGGCAUUGGCGGAGACGGAUCUCAACAGCCUGCCAACCUCCAUUUGGAAGGCAAAGCGAGGCGAUUGUUCCUCCUUCAAUGUGGGCUUCGUAUUUGCAUUGCGAGCGCACCAGAUCCCAGCACGCAUAUCACUUGGCUUCAAGUAUGGGCAGGCUGUGUUCGAUGCAUGUGGGUCAGUGGUGGCUCCACAUGUUCAGUGCGAAUUCUUCGCUGAUGGAAUUGGCUGGAUUCCCUGCGAUGCGACUGCAGGCGUUCAUCGACUGGGACACGAAGCGACCGGCAUGCUGUCCUUCCUCGAGUUUCGAUCCGCCAGCCUCACUGUACAAGAUCUCCAGGAUUUACGAAAAGUCUUUGGGCCAACUGUAGGCCCAGUCGAGCUACAUGAGAACUCACAGCAAGACCCCAGCUCUUCUUCCAAGGAUGUGCUGAAGGCCUCUGAAAUUUCGGACCCCAGUGUUACAGCCUCGCAAUCCAGACAAGUGGCAGCAGCCCACGAGCUCGGAAAGUUCAGGGACCUCCGCACAGCUGAUCCGCUGACAGAUUGCGCACGAGCUGGCGCGAAGAUGUUCGAGGGUGGGCCUUUUCGUGGGCAGCCACUCAAGCUUGGCCAACUGAAUGAAAACAUGUUGGUACCAGCUGAAAUUGAUGCAGUGAUGGAUCACUUGAAAGCUAGACCUCGAUCAGAAGACUGGUCAAAGAUGUGGCCGUACGGUGUCAUUUCCUGCAGCUAUGAAUUUGAGCAGAAGCCCGCAUAA